UUUUCGAACGCAUUGGAAUCUGUCAGUCAAUGUGACGGACGUGUGAUAUUGAUAAGAAAGUGAGAUUGUAGUUUAUAUGAUUUUUGAGCAAAAACGUAACUUUUCACCAAAAUGGGGAUAUUCGCAUCCUGCUGUAAGCCUUCAGCGUCGGACGUGAUAACUCCAGACUCUGAGACCAGACGUCGUCAGCAAGUAGAGGCGGCGGAGAGGCGCGCUGCUCAGGAGGCCUCCCGAGGAGUGAAAGACCCCAGUAAAAUAUCCCGCCUUCAGAAGAGGAGUGAGGAAAUGGAGAAAAGGGAACAGGAACUGACCAAACAGGGUGGAACUGCUUUGAAGUGGACGGCAGACUGAGAUCAGGGUCUGAGUGGGAGCAGUGACACCGGUCAGGCUGCACCCAUAGACAAGGAUGAGAAAUACAAAUACAAGAACUGACCGUUAUAUGCACUGCUACAAAAUAAUAUCACACAAUAUAAUAAUUAAAUAGAAUGAAAAAUAAUUUACACUGAAAAAUACACAAAUGUCAGUCCAGCAUCUGUUUUGGGGUGUAGGUUAACAAUUACUAUUUUAUUACUUGCAAAAUAAGCUAACAUUGCCUAUACCUAGACUGUUUACACAAAGAAAUUAAGUAUCUUUCUACACAGCACUGCACUUUUUCACAUAGACUGAAUCUUAUACAUGCUGUUGAUAUUCAAUAUUGAACCUUAUCUACUGGUUGUAAGGUUGAAAAUUGCAAAGCGGUUUGUGUAUAAUGAAAAUAAGGGGUUAUAAACUCUUAACAGUUGUAAUAAGGUUCAAUAUUAUAUGUCACUUGUUUAUCAGCUCUCUGGCAAGUCCAUGUAAUUGCAAUAAUAAUGCAUACAUGUUUUUAAAUAUGAGGAAUUCAUUCACGGCUGGUUUGACCUUGUUUUUCACCAAAAAUAAUAUUAUCUUGGUUUUAAAUUACUGUUCUACAUAGAGCAGAUUUUUCAAACAUCAGGUAAUUUAUAUUUGAAACUUUAAUAAUUCAAACAUAAUGUUCAGAUAAGCUAUAAGGCGAUAUAAAAAUCGGCCCUUAAAAAUAUAUUAAAUCUAUUAAUGAUGUGUUUAUUGUCUAAAGAAAACUCUAUCAUGUAUAAUCUUAGUAUUAUUUAUGAAAUGUUUAACUAUGAUUGUAUAAGUGUAUAUUAAAUGUUAGAUAUUGUGAAUAUUUUAUGUUGUAGCCACUUUGCGAAACUUUUUGUUUUGCAAUAGGUAUGAUAUUAUUUUUUAAUUUUAAUAUAGUUUUGUCUCUGUUUGGAGUGUUCAGAAAGGAAGUCUUGGUAUCAUGGGAAUACAAUCUAUAUCGAUACACAUAAUCUAUUGGCCUAUUUUAAAUUAAGAAAAAAUAAAAAGUAUUGCUCAAUAUUAGAGAAAAAUAUUACCUAUACAAAAGUUUUAGAAUCAAUAUUGAAAUUGACAGUAUUUUUGCUACAAAGAAAUGUUUAGAUGAAGAAGCGAUGUGGCUACUACAUAUGCACUGAUUGUUAGUUAUUUAAGGUAAUUUAUAUAAAAAUGUAAUUAUAUGUGUUAUAGACAA